AUAAGUAUAUUCUUCACUUAUGUACCAGUUAAGGUUACCACUUGUAUGCCGGUUGCGUACCGUAGAGGCCUAAAUUAGGCUAAACGUUUAUAGCUCGCGUAUGAGAGUUUAAAAAAAAACUGGCUGUUGCGCGUCUUUGGUUUGCUGCUUUUUUUUCGAAAUAAUAUAAUUUUUUAUAAUCUCAUAAAAAAUGCCAAAUUGCCCGAAAUGCGAAAAACCCGUGUAUUUUGCCGAAAGAAAAACAUCGUUGGGUAAAGAUUGGCACGCGUCUUGUUUGAAAUGUGAAAAAUGUAAUAAGACUUUGAUACCUGGAGGACAUUCGGAACAUGAUGGAAGACCUUAUUGCAAUAAACCUUGUUACUCGGCGUUAUUUGGACCAAAAGGAUUCGGACGAGGAGGCAUCGAAAGCUACGUCUACAGAUAGAUGUACCCAAAACAGAACACCCCCUAUCGAUAGAUGUUAUCUUAAGUUGCAAUAUUACUGUAAAUAUCACUCGAGUAUUCGUAUAGGUAUUUAAAUAUACGUAUUUUGAUAUA